CCCACUGAAAGUGAACGCGGGCCAGAGUUGACAUUUGAAAAACAACAUAAAGGAAAAAUUGUGAAGUGAUUGUACAGCGAACGCAAAUAUGAAUGUAUAUUUCGGAAGUGUUUCAGACAUAUAGCUGCUCGCUUUUUUUAGUGUCUUGGUCGCUUUAAAUUCACCAUGAAGAGAAGAGCAGAAGCACAAAAUGAACCUCAGAAGAAGAGGAAGUGUCUUAAGGAGGACUCCUCUGAUGAAGAUGAGGAGUCUUCUCAGAGAACCACCAGCCAGGACUCCAGUGAGUCUCCCAGUGAUGGUGAAGAUCAAAGACCCAGUUUCUCCAGACCUUCGGAUUCCCAGAAUGCAGAGAGCAGCGAUGCCGUUGAUCAGAGCUCUUCCAAAUUUUCAAUGUACAACAGUGUCUCGCAAAAACUCAUGGCUAAAAUGGGUUUCAGAGUAGGCGAGGGUUUGGGAAAGUAUGGUCAAGGGCGAAAAGAGAUCAUAGAGGCAUCGACUCAGCGAGGGAGGCGGGGUUUGGGUCUAACCCUAAAGGGCUUUCAGGGCGACCUCAACGUAGACUGGCAAGAUGAACCGGAGCCUAGUGCUAUAGAAGAGGUGACGUGGUUUCCAGAAUGUUCCACAGAGAUCCCAGACGCAGACGAGCUAAGGGACUGGAUGGCCGUAGGACCGAAAAAGCUAAAGAUUGAAGAUGAAACCGAAUUCUGCACUGAAAAUUUACUUCAUCUACUGCUACGCUGUAAGAGCGUGUUCGACAAUUUAGAGGGCGAGGAGAUGAGGCGAGCCAGAACGCGAUCAAACCCCUAUGAAACUAUACGAGGGGCUUUCUUUCUCAACAGAGCUGCUAUGAAGAUGGCAAACAUGGAUCAUGUUUUUGACUAUAUGUUUACCAACCCAAAGGACUCUAAAGGGAAGCCCCAGACACGUGAUAAAGAAGGAGAAUUGUUGUAUUUUGGAGAUGUGUGCGCGGGCCCGGGUGGAUUCUCGGAGUAUGUGUUGUGGCGGAGGGGCUGGCAUGCCAAAGGUUUUGGUAUGACCCUUAAAGGAGCCAAUGAUUUUAAACUGGAGGAUUUCUUUGCAGCUCCCAGUGAACUCUUUGAGCCAUACUAUGGUGAGGGUGGGAUCGAUGGCGAUGGUGACAUCACACGGCCAGAGAACAUCAGUGCGUUUCGUAACUUUGUCCUGGACAGCACUGAGGGGCGGGGCUUGCACUUCCUUAUGGCUGAUGGGGGUUUUUCUGUGGAGGGUCAGGAGAACAUUCAAGAGAUUCUGAGUAAACAACUUCUGCUAUGCCAAUUUCUCACGGCCAUGUCUUCUAUAAGAACAGGUGGACAUUUUGUGUGUAAAACGUUUGACUUGUUCACCCCUUUCAGCGUGGGAUUGAUUUAUCUGCUGUACCUUUGCUUCGAAAGGAUUUCGCUCUUCAAACCCAUCACCAGUCGACCUGCCAAUUCAGAAAGAUACGUUGUAUGCAAGGGUUUGAAGCCGGGGACAGAUGCAGUGCGAGAGUAUAUGUUUACCAUCAACCUGAAGCUGAAUCAUUUCAGACAUUCAGACAGAGAUGUCACUGAAGUGGUCCCUCUGGAGAUCAUUAAAGCAGACACCGAUUUCUUCCAGUACAUGAUCAACUCAAAUGAAAGCCAUUGUGUGGUACAGAUCAAAGCGUUGGCUAAGAUCCAUGCGUUCGUCAGAGAUACGAAUCUUUUUGAAACCAGGCAAGCAGAUAUCCGUAAGGAAUGUCUGAAACUAUGGGGGGUUCCUGAUAAAGCAAGGGUUGCCCCGUCACCAUCAGAUCCAAAAUCAAAGUUCUGUGAGCUUUUAGCGGGUUCAGAUAUGGACCGUUUUAAUAUCAGACCGACUGCACUGAACUCAGGAAAUCUGGAUAAACUGCAACACGUCAUGGAUUACAGGUGCAUUGUGGGAGGGGCAGAACAGCUGUUUCUUUUGGGACUUGGGAAAUCUCAGAUCUACAAGUGGGACGGUAAAACCUCAUCACGCUGGGAAAAGCUGGACAACUUCAAACUGGAGCUGCCCAGAGAGACGCUACUGAGCGUAGAGAUUGUCGAGGAGCUGAAAGGAGAGGGUAAAGCUCAGCGACGGCUUAAAGCAGUCCAUAUUCUGGAUGCUCUCGUUCUCAACGGUACUGACGUCAGAGAUCAGCACUUCAACCAGAGAAUCCAAUUGGCAGAGAAGUUUGUGAAAGCCGUGUCCAAACCCAGCAGACCUGACAUGAACCCGAUCAGAGUUAAGGAGGUCUAUAGGUUAGAGGAGAUGGAGAAGAUCUUUGUAAGGCUGGAAAUGAAGAUAACCAAGAGUUCAGGCGGGAUGCCAAGACUUUCAUACACGGGCAGAGACGACCGUCACUUUCUCCCCAGCGGCCUUUACAUCAUCAAAACUGUCAAUGACCCGUGGACAAUGGCAUUCAGUAAGAAUUCCAAAAGGAAGUUUUUCUUCAAUAAACUAACCAAAGAAUCCACUUACGAAUUACCGCCUGGUUCUGUAGCCCCAUUCCAUACAUGUCAUCACGACAGGCUGUUUUGGGCUUGGGAGAAAGGUGUCAGAGUUCACGACUCGCAGACACGAGACCCCGAAAAACUUUCUAAAGACGACCUGCUGUCCUUUAUCCACCAGCAUUAUCAACAAUGAAAACUGUACAUACUUCUCACCACCAGGGGGCACAGCUGAGAAGCUUCAAAACAUCCCUUAUACGCCUCGAGGCUCUCGCUGAAAAAUCACCCCAACACGGCGUCUUGGUGCCCAGUGAUGUGUAUCUGCCCGUGUCCGUUUAUCUUUACAGGAUAAACCUAGUUGACACGGUUUUUCCCUCGUCCACGUGCUUAAAAAACUAUUGCGGCGAAUCAAAGUGAUUCAUAAAAACCGAAGACAUUGUAAAUACUGAAUUAUUGCUUUACUAAUGACUCGGAUGUUUGUCUACAGGUUCCCAUUUAUCAAAACAAACCAGAAAGAUAGCCAGAUGAAACGGCAUGACUGUUUUGGAUUUGAUUUCUGUGCAUGUGUGUCGGACUGUUGCCUUGGGUCCUUCUGGUUUUGAUGUUUUUCUGUGUCUUAUAAUAUUACACUUCUGAUGAUUCAAGAAAAGCAUUUCGAUUUCAAAGCGUGCUCAUGGUAAAAUUAAACUCCUGAGGAAGUUUAUCCUUAAGUAAUGUUGGUCAGCUUCAUUAUUUGCUUUGAUUUGGAUUUUAUGCGAUUGUAUGAAAAGUUUUAAUUUAAAAAAAAUUAAAAGGCUUUUUUGGCA